UAAUUUUAUAGUAAAAAAAAUUUAACUCAAUUUUCUAGACAUAGCAUCAAUGAUGAAUGUUAUAAAUAAAUUAAUAUCUUGCAGAACAUUUAGGAUUCCGCCUGUUUUUUCAAUAAACUCUCAGAAAAUAUCUACAACAGGCACAUUACAUUUGAAACAGAUUAUCACGAAAGAAGAAGGAAAUAAUAUCGUUAUACAGGGUCAAAUUGUUGAUUCUGAGCGUAAACCUUUUCUUGUUGAGUGUGAAACCAAUGCUUGCCCAAUAUGUUCUGCUCGAUUAAAUGUUAAACAUACGGAUGUCUUAAUUUUGAGUCAAUUUGUUAGAUCAGAUGGUUGUAUGCUACCACGUAGAGUUACGGGUUUAUGUAAUAAGCAGCAGAGAAGAGUAUCCUCAUUAGUUACAAUGGCCCAAAAAGCAGGUUUAAUGCCAAAUCUCAAUCCAUCAAAUAGUAAGAAAGAUCCACUAAAACGUUACCAAUGGAAAAAGUUUAAUAAAUAUUUUGAUGAAACAACAAUAAAAGAUUAAAAUGUAACUUUUUACAAAAGAAUAUAUAAUAAUCAGUC